ACCCGAGGUUUUAUUGAUGAAGUAUAAACUUAGGCACGCUUGGGAUGUAUAUCAUGGAUAACUGAAAACAUUUAUUUUCACUUAUAUUUUUCUUUUAGAUCAAACUAAAAAACGAUGUUCUUUCCCGCAUUACGCCUCGGAGGGGCAAAUAUCCUACCUUCGCUGCAUAAAUCGAUUUUAAAUAAAGCCCCCCUGGGCUGCCUUUCUGUCUUAUCGAGGAAUGUGACUCACAAGACAACUCAAGCUAUGCCUGAGCUUCCAGAGCACGAGAAGGAACCUGAAAAACCUAAAAAGUGGCUAUCGUACAACAACCUUAUUUUCCCUCCACAAAAGCCUGAUGAAGAGCCUAGGCCAGCCUAUGUCUGCCAUGCCAAGUAUAACAUUAAGUACAGCCCAAAGAAAAUGUGGUACGUUGCUUGUUUUGUAAGAGGCAUGUCAGUGGAUGAAGCUGUGAGGCAGCUCAGUUUUGUCAAUAAGAAGGGUGCUGUAUACGUCAAGGAGGCGAUACUCGAAGCUCAAGAGCUGGCUGUGGAGAAACACAAUGUUGAAUUCAAAAGCAACCUCUGGGUUGCUGAGUCGUUUACUGGAAAAGGCUAUGUAAUUAAAGGAUACAGGAAGCACGCAAGGGGUAAAAUAGGUAUGGUGAAAUACAAGUAUUGUCAUUAUUUUGUACGUCUUGAAGAAGGAAAGCCACCUGUAAAUUAUUACAACAAACCUUCUAUGGACAAGGAGUCCCUCCUUUCAAAAUGGCUCGAUGAAAUGAGAGCCCGGCGGCCAGUCAGCUCUUUGUAAAAUGCAUUUAUUCUAAUUGUAAAUAGUAAAUUUUAUUAUUAUUAAUAAACUUUGAAUUCUUCUUGUUUA